GUGGUAGGUGUACUCCAAAAUUCUCCUCAUGCAUGAAUGUUGGACUGUUAUCUGGCUAUUCCAAAGAGCUGCGGAAUCAUUUCAAAUCCAUUUCAUGCUGUACAUUAAAUAUGAAGAAAUCGAUUACAAUUGUGAAUUCUUUCUUGAAGUAUCUUCCCUUUCCCAGCACCAAGAUGGGAGAAGAUGAAAUAAAAGCUUUGCUAUCAAAGAAUGAUCACAAGUAUUAUUCAUAUAAUGCACAAGGCACACCUCUGAGCCCUGAUGGACAAGAAAGUGGUCGUUCUUGGAACCAAGCAAGACAACGGCACCUCCUUCAUCAAUCUUCCCAUCUUCCUCUGGAUUCAUUUAGCCACUGUGCUAAAUGCUUGACCUUUAUUUCGAACACAAUUUUCUCCAUUAUAGGAUUAUUCAUUUUGGCCAUAGGAAUUUGGGGGCUCUCAGAGAAGGAAUCCCUGGAAAGUGAACGAAUAACAUAUUUGGGAAGUGACCCCAUGCUUUUUUUUGUAUUAGUGGGACUAGUAGCUACAUCUAUAUCCCUUUUGGGCUGUACAGGAGCCCUUUUUGAAAGCAUCUUUCUUCUAAAGCUUUUUACUGGAGGAAUAAUACUGUUUUUGGUUUUGGAAGUUUUGAGUGGAAUUGUUGUCUUUUCUCUGAGACAACACAUCAAGGCUUCCUUGCAAAAUUUUCUUAUGGUGGCAAUGCUACAGUACCAGGAUGACCUAGAUCUCCAGUUCCUUAUGGAUGAAAUUCAGUCAGGUCUCCAAUGCUGUGGAGUAAAGUCUUAUCUGGAUUGGAAAGCAAAUUUGUAUUUUAACUGCACUUCUCCAGGUGUUCAAGCCUGUGGCGUUCCUGCAUCGUGUUGUCUGAAUCCACUGGAAAAUGGUACCAUCCUGAAUUCUCAGUGUGGCUUUGGCACCCUGGGCAUGGAGGAGUUUGCAGUUCAAAGCACCAUCUAUCUUGGAGGCUGUGUUCCCCAGUUAAACAGGUGGCUCAAUAGUCACGCAGGAGCAAUAGGCUUUUUUGCUGUAGUUUUGGUUGUGAUCGAAAUAGGUAGCCUGUUUCUGGCCAUGAGGCUCCUCGUAGGCAUUGCUUCUGCUCGGACUCAGCAUUAUAGUGGGAAGGAGGGCAUGCAUUAGUUCUCCUAUUGGGAGAAAUGAAUGUAUUCAUAAUCUUUUGAGGAAUAUCAAUGUAAAGUAUUAUGUAAUACAAUUUGUACUAGUUAAUUUACUGAGGAUAAAAUGGACGGGGGUGGGUGGGAAAGCUGCUUUUCAUGUGUAUUUAUCUUGCUCAUUCUCCUAGUUCCCUUUGUUUUCUGAUAAUUCCUGCCACCUCUUCACUCUGUACAUACAAACAUGGUCAGGAGAAAGAGGAAUAAUGUAGCAGAUGACCUUUACACUCAUGUUACUCCCCUAUAAAUCUAGUAACUAAUUAGUCAUAGUCAUUUCUCAAAGUCAUUCAUUUCUGAUUUUGAUAUUGAACUACUUCCAAUCCAGGUACAGGUUUCCAAAACAAGAAGAAGCAAAAAUAGGAACACUUUGUCCCUUCUGAUUCUUUCUCACAUUUUUCUGAAGUGAAAGUACAGCAAUUCAGAGUUGUAUAUUGUAGCAGAUCUCCACUCAGGAGAUAUAGAGGUACCAAAUGCAAAAGGCACAAAUGCCAGUACUUUGCCAUAUCUCCCUUACAGAAUACAGAAUAAUAGAGUAU